CUCAAUCAGUUACUGCGACUGUUAAGCUUCCCCUUCCAAUGAUUGGUGCUGACCAAUUCUAUUAUUCUGGAGAAUCAAAUGGUGAUUCGUUUGUCCGCAGCCAAAGAAGGUGUUGAUUGUUAUAGUAUUCCGUCACACAACCUAGAUGUUAGUAGAACCGGCAGCGGUAGAACAAUCCAAUCCAAUCCAAUCCAAUCCAAUCGGAGAUCGACUGUUGCGAGACCAACUUCCCUAGGAGCCGAUAAGACGUGAACCCAGUGGGAAGUUUGGUACAACACUGCAGUCGCCCUCCUCUCAGAAGAAAUGGUAUGAUGUAGGCCUCCUCUUGCCGUUGUCGUUGCCGCUUGCUGUUGUCUCUUGGUGCGGCGAUCCGAUGCUCAUGCUGCUAUCAACCGCAGACAACGCAGCUGCCAAGCCAAAUCGACUCUGGGAUAGAAGAGACAACCAAGGCUACAACAGGAAAGUCACUCUCUCCUUGUUUCUUCAGCAGAACCACCUUCGACACUCUAAAAACAAGAGGAGCAACCUUGAAACUGAAGGCUGCUUCCAACAAAAUUAUGUUUCCCCAGCAAACAUCAAUUUUGGAGUGACCCUGUAGAUCCCAGUACAAUUUCUACUGGCAAAAAUGUUCAACUACUGGCCGCCGUGUUGAGGUAAAAUUCUGACAGACCAACCCCAGAGAAAGAUGGGUUGGCGAUUUUGAUCCUCGGAGUCGAGUCAGUCUGUUGGUUGUUUCCCUUCCAAGACUUUGCACUACAGUCGUACCGUACUCAGAACCACAUCGAUCAUUGCGUCUCAUCAACAUGAAGGCAAUCGUCCUAUUUAUUGGCAGCUGCCUCGCCACUGCCACUGCUGGCGAUAGCACGUUUCCGUGGCCAUGGAAGAAGAAAGAUACAAAAGAGGCAUUGUCCGAUGAGAUCCAUGUUCUCCCUGGCUGGGAAGAUGUGUUGCCCUCGCGCAUGUUUUCGGGGAUUGUCGACGCUGGAAACAAGACCGAUGACAACGGCACCACAUUCCAUCUUCAUGAACACUACUUCUUUGUCGAGAGCGAGGGUGAUUCGGAUAAGGACCCUCUUGUCGUUUGGACCAACGGUGGCCCAGGAGCAUCGUCCAUGUUUGGACUCUUUCUGGAGUUGGGUCCCUUUUACUUGAGUGCAAAAUCUCACUACACCCCGUUUGCUCAGAAAACUGGCAUUCCCUCUUUGUUUCGAAACGAGUAUUCCUGGUCCAAGUUGGCCAACAUUCUAAUCAUCAAUUCGCCGCCUCCCGUAGGCUAUUCCUACUGUGAACCCAUUGGACCGUCUGGCGAUGGCAACUCGUGUGGGGCUUGGAAUGACGAAUUGACGGCCCAUCACAACCGGCUGUACUUGGAGUCGUUCUUUCAGAGAUUCCCCAAAUUCAAACACCACGAUGUGUACAUUACGGGGGAAAGUUAUGCGGGAGUCUACGUGCCCACGUUGGUACGAGAAAUUCUGGACCACUCUGCCGAAACGUAUCUUGAUGGAGAUGUUUGGUCUCUCAAAGAUCAAUUGAAAGGAUUUGCGGUAGGCGAUGGGUGUAUGGGAACCAAAAAUGUGUGUGGGAAGAAUGGGCCUGGUCCCUUGUUCAAUAUUGAGUUUAUGCACGGUCAUGGUCAGUUUCCAGACAAAAUGUACUUUGAAACGUUCGACAAGUGUACCAGAGAAGAGUUGAUUGGUUUCAAUACUGAUGAUGAUGAUGGCGACACUGACGAUUUCGGUCCCAAUGGAGGAUUAAAGAACGGUACCUGUUUGGAACAUUUGAAGAAGAUUGAAGCCGCUGUUGGACCCUACUUUGCAUACGGUCUCUACGACUCCUGCUGGUAUCAAAAUGAUCUGGAACCACCCCACAAUUCACUGACACGGAAACGAAACUACUUUAGUCGGGUACCGCCUCACUCUUCCGCGGCGAAAAAGGCCACUGCAAGCGCUCGGCGGCUCGGUGAACAAGCCAUUUCCUCCUCUGGCGACAUGCUUCAAGGGGCUCUUAAUGAUUACCCUUGCGGUGGCUACGAAGCCUUCUUCGCAUGGGUGGGAGCCCCACAAGUAAAGGCAGCGCUUCAUGUCGAUCCCGAUUCUGCCUUCUUUUCCGGGGACAAUGGGGUCGGCUUUACUUACGUUCCAACCGAACCGGAUCUCCUGCCAUUCUAUCGCCGUGUUGUCAGUGAAACAGAUCUGCGGGUGCUGAUUUACAAUGGAGAUACGGAUCCUGCCAUCAAUAGUUUUACCGCGCAAAACUGGACGAGCCAUCUUGGCAUGACGGAGACGGAGGCUUGGCGUCCUUGGACUUUGGAUGGAAAGGAUUACAUUGGGGGAUACGUCACUCGCUAUGAGAAGAACUUUGACUUUCUUACCAUUCGUGGUGCAGGCCACAUGGUCCCGCAGCACAAACCAAAAGUAAGCUUGGAAUUCCUUUCCAAAUGGCUAAAGAAUGAACCGUGGCAAGGCUGGAGAACUGCUGAUGACUAAAAUAAGUACACGACAUUUCCAAGAGGGAACUUAAGGGAUACUUUUGCACCUGGUCGAGGUUGCCUUACCUGACCAGUGAACGACUGUUCAAGAGGAUGACAGGAUCCGGCGAGGGGAUGGCAUGGCUGUCACUCGACUGAGCGACUCCACCUUCCUGCGCGGGCUCUCCGCUCUGGAGUUACGGUACGACGUUAAAUUUUUUAAAAGAUUAGCUAGCUAGUACAGUUCACACCGCU